CAGAAAGGUGAAGGAAAAAAGGAGAAGAGAAGGAAUUUUAAAAGAGAUUUGAGCCCAUUUGGGAGCUUGCUGUUCAAAGUCAGCAUGCAUCAUCCAGGACGACACCUUGCUGUGGCUUUGCUCCUACUUGUUCUGAUCUCAUUGUCCACUGAAAACAACAUUAUCAGAUGGUGUACAGUGUCCGAUGCUGAAGAACAGAAGUGUUUGGAUUUAGCCGGGAAUGCCACAGCCAGGAAUAUUCGCGGACAACUACGAUGUGUGAGGGGCCAAAGUCCGACAGACUGUAUGAAGCAAAUUAAGAACGGAACUGCAGAUGCCUCCACUAUGUAUGCUGAUGAGAUCUACACAGCUGGAUUUUGCUAUGGCUUAGAUGUGGCUGUUGGAGAGUCUUAUAAUGGUGUUGAUGGCAUUAAUUACUACGUGGUUGCCCUGGCACGGACAUCAUCCAGUGAUCUGUCGCUGCUGGAGAUGCAUGAGCGCAGCUCCUGUCACCCUGGGAUGAGGACUACAGUGGGCUGGACUGUCCCAAUCGGCUUCCUGGUCAACACAUCGCAGAUCAGUGUGGAUGAGCAGUGCAACUUUCCCCACGCGGUGGGGGAUUUCUUUGGCUACAGCUGUGUCCCUGGAGUGAAGGAUCCAGAACAUGAUCCCAAGGGAAACAAUCCAAGGAACCUGUGUGAGGCCUGCAUUGGGGACGAGAACGACCGUCACAUCUGCGCCAACAACCCUCGGGAACGGCACUUCGGGGAGGCUGGAGCUCUCAGAUGUGUGGCAGAAAAUCUUGGAGAUGUUGCUUUUGUGAAGCACACCACAGUCUUUGACAACAUGCAGGGUAAGAACCAGGAGUCAUGGGCUCUGGACCUGGAACUGGAGGACUUGAAGCUCUUGUGUCCUGACGGGAGCGAAACUGACCUGUUCCAGCAUGAGCGCUGCCACCUGGCUGUGGUGCCAACCAAUGCUGUGGUAGUGCGCUUGGAGGACAAAUGCCGUGUUUACAAGUUCUUGGAACGUGUGCAGAAUGCAUUUGCCAAUGCCACAGAAGGAUUCUCUUUGUUCAGCUCUGUGGGUUAUGGGCAACCUGACGUGCUUUUUAGCGAUUCCACCAAAAAGAUGCUACGUGUUAUGGGAACCUACACCUCCUGGUUGGGGCCCAGUUACACCACCAUACUGAAGGCUUUUGAGUGUGAAGGUUUGUGUUAAUUUGAUGAGGAAAGAAGAAAUCAUCCCCCUUCAUCUUUUUCACACUAACACCAAACCACUCUGUAAAGUGUGUUACUCUCAUAUAUGGGCUGAAUGCCAGCCCUCUCCUGUGCUUUGUAGUAUGCCUGUUCUGUUCUCACAGUCUGUGUAUGGCUUCAUAUAUCACAUGUACUUUACCUCUUACAGUACACUGUACCUCUCUAAGCAUUUGCCACUAAAGCCAAACUCCUUCCAGGUGAAAAAGACAAAAAUAUAAGCACAGAAAAGCACUGCAGGGGAACACACCACAAUCCAUAAGGCAUUCAGUUUUUUUGGCCAUAAAGAUCCCAUGAAAUCGGAAUUUGAGUUUUGUGGCUUUUAGACUUUUUCUGUUAGCUUUGAGUCAUCUAUAAGCUAGUGUACUCCUAACAGUUGACUAAAUGAACUAAAAAGCAGAUCUACACCUUUAAAAUUGAAAAGUCUUUCCUUUCCUGGAAAAUGGACCAACAAUAUUGAUGACUCAUCUUGCACUUAUGUGCAUAUCCACAUUUUUGUCCAAUAAAAUGCUCUCUAGAAUGAGAAUGUCCCUCCCCAUAAUGCUACCUGCAAUAUCAAUAACAAAACCGUGGUUUACAGGUGUGGCGUAAACUAAAGCCUAUAGGCUAUUUGGAAAACAAAGGGACAAGCCCUUCGAUAUGUCCCGCCAUAACUUCCUGUUUCAAUGUCAACACAGGAAAAAAUUGUGCUCGUCAAGCCAUUUCAUGGGGUCUUUAAAAGUUAUUAGUAUAUCGUUGCAAUUCAAUACACAUCCUUGAUUAGUGUCUGCCAAACAGUCCAACUGAGGAAUACAACACAUACACAUUUGCUAAAGGUGGUUAAAGGGAUAGUUUACCCAAAAAUGAAAAUUCUCUCAUCUUUUACUCACCCUCAUGCCAUCCCAGAUGUGUAUGAGCUUCU